GGGAUAUAGUCAAAACAGAAAGUGAGAUGGCUCAACAUUCAUAAAUCUGUGAAGGCGUGGUGAGCGAGCGAGCCAUCUGAAACGGAGGGCCGAAUGAAAUGGCCGAAGCUUUAUGGAAGGACUCGAGUGAUGCAAAGCUGCAAAUGAGUGACUGCCGUGAGCCCAGGUGUCUCCCGAGGGCUGUGCUUGGCCUGCCCCUCUCGUCCACGAAUGGCAAGCAAAAGCAACGCAGAGGAUAAUCGGUCCUCAACAUGAACUCUCGGGGUUUGCUCGAGGGUUUAUCUGACAUUUCAGAAACCCGCCACCACAGCUCCGCGAGUCGUCGUUCGACAUUGGUCGAUCCGAAUUCUUCGACUCGUCCGCCCCUGAAUUGCACAAUCUGUGCUCUCGAGAGAACGAACAGAGGAGUCGAGCGUAGAGAAUUGUAGAUUCCGGAGGUUCAGAACGAGACAAAUCGAGCUCCAUCAUCCCACAGAAUGGACUGCUGUCUCUGUUCGCGAGAGGACUAGAGAAUCGUGCGAUUCUCUAGUCGAUACCGAAGGACUGCUGUCCGGAUCAGAUCAGGCGACAAGAUGCAGGCGUUCAGCAUUUUACCGAUGAAAAGCGCGACGAAGCUGAGAGCGGUGGCCAUCGCGAAAGCCGGUCUGUCCACGACGACAGCAGCACCGGACCAUGUGGGCUUCGUGCAAAAUGUGGCCGGGCUCGAGCCGCAGCCCUACUUGGAUUCGCUUCUCAGCGUUCUGCAGGCCAAGGGAGAGAAAGUCGUCUCUCCAUACGAGCGCAAGGGUUUGAUGCCCCUCGCCAUCCCUCUCUCGGAGAAUCCGCAGGACGGAUCUGUCACUGCCCUCUUGAGAUGGCCGACUCCCGCCGAGGGCAUGGCCAUUCCUGUGGUGACCUGCCACAAACACGGAGUGACUCUGCUCGCCAAGAGCAUGGCGGAGUACAUUCACCGGCUCUUGGUGGAAGAGGAUUGCAACAGCAAUGGUGCCGAGGACAAAUUCUUCUCGGGAGCUGGCGAGUUGGGCCAGAAGCUCUACAGGCGCGGCGAUUUUGGAUCUUCAGGCUCGCCGGGAGUGGAUGUGUACUUGAUGAAGAAUGUGGGGAAAUUCCCCGAUGUCUUUGAGAGAUUGGCGUUGAAUCAUCUGGGAAAAGGGGACGCCAUCUCCGCUCUGGUGACAGGAGAGUUUUAUGCGAGCAGGAAGCAUUUCCCGGGUUUCGGAAGGCCAUUUGUAUUCAAUGCCGAGCUUCUGCUCAAAGCUGGCAGGAAGUUAGAGUCGAAGGACGCCGCCAAAAUUGCUCUGAAGUCGCCGUGGUGGACACUCGGAUCCAGCUACGACAAAGUGGCCGAGAUGGCAGGCUGGGGAGACGAGCAAGUGGAAUUUAUGAGAGAGAGGGUAACAGAAGAAGGGCGGAAGGAGGAUCUGAACAAGGGGAAGAUCCCUGCCCAGAUUGCUCUGGAUCAGGCCGCGUUUUUGCUAGACCUCGCUGCAGUAGAUGGCAGCUGGGAUGACACCAGGGAGCAGCUCGCCUCCUUCUACAGAGAGGCCGAAAUGGAGGACGUUGCCAACUUCAUUAUGACAACUUCAUCGUGAGCACUGCCCUCGGCGUUAGCCUCUCGGAUCCGAACACUUUGGUACAUAAAAUACAAAUUUCUGCUCUGAAUUUAGUACCUGCACACGUUUAGCCGUACUGGUGAUGUAUUGAUGAUGUAUUCUUGCUCUCAACUGUUGCACCGACCAAAAUUAUUUCCAUGUUCUGCUGUAAAUUCAAUUUGUUGGCACGGUGCUGUAAGUUUCUCCAUUACGAACAGCCUCAGAAAUGCUGUCGAGAAAUUGUUCACUGCUGGCCAGUCGGAUCUGCUGCGCACCUUGUGAGUUAUGCAAUGAGGUCUGUUCUACUCUAGGCGGGCUUAUACUGUCGAUCAGAGAAGGGUUUUUCGUGCUGCAUGACGGAGCUGGCGGUUAUGCGCGAUUGCAACGAUGUGAAUGCCCGACUACCAGGCUUAUUGUUGGCCGAGCUUGAAGUUGCCAGUCGUCAGGUCCCCGGAGAACUCGUAGAAGAGGACGAUCUCGACCAACGGCAAUAAUUGCUUCCUUCUUACGAUCAAUUCCCAAAAGUCUGACCGCAAAUCUCUGAAUAUUGAGACUGCAUUUGCCGCUUAACUCAGUAGCAGUCUUUCAUGUCCCCGAAGUCGGCGGGGAUCGACUUAAAAGCAGCACUGGGAAGAGGCGGAUGUGCGCGGUUCUGGACCCAUUCACGUGCAGUGCUCAGAAAAGGUCGGCAUGGAAACUUAUAGUACCACUACUAUCAAUUCCCAGAGACACACGUCUUAGUCCAGCACCAAGUGCUUGUCUCUGGUAGUACGAAGAACAUGGCACUGGAAAAGCUCCAACGUCAAACGCAGCAUUAACUUCCUUAUGCCCUUUCCACCAGAAGAGUCUUGGUUGAAUAUGUACGGUGUACCAUUAGAUCCUCUCGGAGACAAUUAAUGGUUUGAUGGGUGGAAGGAUAAAACAAACUCAACGGGAAAGUGGUCAGAUAUGAAUCCCGGCUCGUCUCUCUCACGUUCCCUGGCUGUUGGAAAAAGGCAUGUGUUUAUCUCCGGCCGAAGGCGAAAAGGAUACCAGCUAGAGAAGAUACCACACUCGCUCACGUUUAUCACCGAAAAAAAUUCGCAGCCGUGUACAGUCGGAGCAGGUUCUUCACUGAUCUCAAUUAUCGGUAUCUGGACUAAAGCCUUGAAAAUGGGUAGAGUACCGCUGGUAGAUUCUCAUUCGCCUGGAAUGAGAACCUUCUUCUUCGCCGUAUCACAGCGUGUUCUUCCUAUAGACAUACAUCGUUUGCAAGUUUCACUAGUGACUGCAAUGGGUUUGGUCGUUGUUGCCAAACACACAGCGAGGGAUCCUCACAUGGACAGGCAUCAGAGGAUGACAAAACCUCGUCCGAUUGCAAGCAGGCCCUGUCCUUAAAUCUGUAGCCUCGCUAUACUCAUCAUGCUGCACGUCAUAUAGUCCGAGUGACGGCAGACACACCCCCAAGAAAGCACUUAACCGCGUGUGGUCACACGAAGCAGCCAAUUCUCACCGGUAACAACCUCAUCACGAAGUAGCAUCUCUCUCUAGAGCAGGAAUACAUAUUCUGCCCGUGGCGGUGUGAGUUCCGUGCUUGAAAAUCGACUUGAACUCUCUUCAGUAUAUUGUUUCAGGAGUAUGAUCUAGCUUUGGUCCGGAUGACAAGUGUAAGCCAGGAAGACAGUAAAUAUAGAUAAAAUGAUGAUGUGAUCCUAAUGAGCUGCAUGAUCCAGAACCUUGAAUACAGUUCGCUAUCUCGUGCACCUUGUGCAGUUCUGCAUUAUAAUCGCCUUGCAGAUUCACACAGACGUCUGAAACUGUGUAUUGAUCUAGUCUUCAACAUACAGUUCGCUGCUCGGC